AUGCGGACCCUACUAUGCGAACUGAGCGAGCGGAAGCGGGUCACAAAGCGAGAGCUGCUUAGCCUGCUGGGGAAACUCAACUGGGCGGCUCGAGUUGUCCGUGGCGGACGGACUUUCAUGCGGCGACUUAUUGACCUCUCCAAGACACUGCGACGCCCCCACCACUUCACCAGACUUUCUGGAGAGGCUAAGGCGGACUUGGACUGGUGGACGAAGUUCAUGUCCAGGUUCAACGGGACAGCGGUCUUCCUGGACAGAAACCCAGUUCCUCCUACAAUAUUUAGUACGGAUGCUGAACAGCCCGACACGGCCCCUAUCCUCCAGUCUGUGCUGGCCGGCAAGACCCCUCGUGACUGGAUCUACACGGCUCCACGCGCUAGCUUGGGCGUGCCGACGGCGAGACCUCUUGUAACUGUACGGGAAAGGUAUCGACACGGCCCCGCGCGCCUGCUUGGGCGUGCCGACGGUAUGACCUCCCGUGACGGCACGGAACCCAACAUGCCAGAAGCUGCCUGUAGCUAUGAACCAUCACGUCGCAUCAGGUUUUUUGACAAGGGCCUAACCAGCAUCCCUCAUCAGGACAUCCCAACAUCCAUUUCUGAAUUGAAUUUGAAUGCUAAUCUUAUUACAACUGUUGAAGCUGGUACAUUUGCAGAUCUACCCAGCCUAUGCAACUUGGAACUGGGCAGAAACCAGAUAACAAAGAUUCAGCCUGGUUCAUUUGUAAACCUACCAAAGCUACAACAUUUGGGUCUUGUUUACAACCAGAUAACAAUGAUACAUUCCGGUUCAUUUGAAAAUCUACCCCAGCUACAAAAGUUAUAUCUAAACAUAAACAAUAUAAAAAAGAUUGAGCUUGGUGCAUUUGUAAACCUACCCCGACUACAACAUUUGAAUCUAUACAACAACCAGAUAACAAAAAUUCAGGCUGGUUUAUUUUCAAAUCUACCAAAGCUAAAAAGUCUAGAUCUGGGACACAAUCAGAUAAUAACGAUACAGCCUGGUUCAUUUGCAAACCUACCACGUCUACAACUUCUGAACCUAAACGAUAACAAGAUGAUAGAGGUUCGGUCUGGUACGGUUGCAAACCUACCUGGAUUAAAACGUUUAUAUCUGGACAUCAACCAGAUAACAGUAAUUCACGCUGGUACAUUUGCAAAUCUUCCCCAGCUACAAGAGUUGGGUUUGGUCGGCAACCAGAUAACUAUCAUCCAUUCUGGUGCAUUUAAAAAUCUGCCCCUACUCCAACUUCUCUGCCUUCAAAACAAUAAGAUGUCUGCCAUUCCCCUGGCAGCUUUUGGUGUCGUCCCAUCUAAUAUUACAAUAAAACUAGAUGGGAACCCCUGGCAUUGUGACUGCAGGAUGGCUCCCAUCAGGCUAAAUCCUGCAUUCAAAGACAGGAUAAUAUGUGCUCAACCCGCCAAAGUUCAGGGACAGAAGCUUACAGAUGUCAAUCCAGAAGAAUUGAUUUAUCACUCUCACUGUCACUAUCACUGGUUCUUUAAACGCGCUGCUAGCUCAACAGCACGUCAUGAAGAAAACACACAAACAGCAAGAGCAACACUACCUUCACUCCUUUUAACUUCAGACAAACCAGAAUCUGCUCCCAGUUCACCCCUACCUGUUCUCAUUGGCUCUUUCUGUGCUUCAGUUGUUGGCAUUGUCCUGAUUGGCAUAGCCGUACUUACAGUGUGGUACAAGAUGAAGACCAGUCAUCCUACUUUAGAGAAUCCCAAUGUUGUUGGUAACAACACAAACACAGCAGCUACUGUAAUGGCCAGUGGUGAUGAUCAGACAGGGAAGGGUCAGUCCCAGGCCAUCACUGAAUCCAACACAAACACCACAGAUGCUGCGAUGGCCAGUGGUCAUGAUCAGACAGGGCAGGGUCAGUCUCAGGCCAUCAUUGAAUCUAACACAAACACCACAGCUACUGUAAUGUCCAGUGGUGAUGAUCAGGCAGGGCAGGGCCAGUCUCGGGCCAUCAUUGAAUCUAGCACAAACACCACAGAUACUGUAAUGGCCAGUGGUCAUGAUCAGGCAGGGCAGGGUCAGUUUCAGGCCAUCACUGAAUCCAACACAAACACCACAGAUGCUGCGAUGGCCAGUGGUCAUGAUCAGGCAGGACAGGGUCAGUCUCAGGCCAUCAUUGAAUCUAACACAAACACAACAGCUACUGUAAUGGCCAGUGGUGAUGAUCAGGCAGGACAGGGUCAGUCUCGGGCCAUCAUUGAAUCUAACACAAACACCACAGCUACUGUAAUGUCCAGUGGUCACGAUCAGACAGGACAGGGUCAGUCUCAGGCCAUCAUUGAAUCUAACAUAAACACCACAGAUGCUGCGAUGGCCAGUGGUCAUGAUCAGGCAGGACAGGGUCAGUCUCAGGCCAUCAUUGAAUCUAACACAGACACCACAGCUACUGUAAUGUCCAGUGGUCACGAUCAGACAGGACAGGGUCAGUCUCAGGCCACCACUGAAGGGCAGAGCCAAUGUCGAGCCAAUCUAAAUUAUGGCACCGGGCCGACAGCGUCAGAGGUAAAUUCUCUGUACGAUAAUGUGGAAACACCAUAA